AUGGGACGUUCGCGACCUCACCGUCGCAGAAAUGCAGGGAAGUCUGCUGCAAGAGAAAGCAAACCAUCCCAAUUAGGCGGCUUAGUUCAACUGGCUCAAAUCCCAGACCACAUAAUUUGCAGUAAUAUCAUCCCUAGACUUCCAGGCAAGUCUUUGAUAAGAUUCAAAUGCGUAAGCAAGCUUUGGAAUUCGACAAUUUUGGAUCUGAAUUCCACAUCUUUCGGUAACAUUCGAGGUCCCAAAACAGCUUCUAUGUCAUUCGAGUACACAAAAAGAUCGAUAAAUCUUUGUUUCCAUAUGAUGGACACCAAAGGCUCGACCGAAAAGUUCUCCCUGGAGAAGCCAAUAACGGAGUAUUAUCAUCGUGAUGGCCAUAUUGCAGGUUCAUGCAAUGGUUUGUUACUUAUAAUUUUUGACGCCUCUUUUUUCUUGUGGAAUCCAUGCACAGCAUACUUCAGCUGCGUGUUAGAAUCGGACAAAAUGAAACCUCCCUAUUUUGUAACAAAUUCCGGGAUUUGUUACGAUUCAUCCACUGACGAUUACAAGGUCGUAAUAGGGCUGCAAAACAGUAGUAUUCGUGCUCGGGAGUUUUCACGCGGACCCGUGUUGGUAGCUGGAUUGAGAAACAAAGGUUGGAAAAAGCUAAACUUUCCUUAUCGAUGUCACCAGGGAACAAGUGGAGUUUCAUUCAAUGGUUUUCUACACUGGAGAGCUAAUACCAAUAAGGGUUAUUGUACCAACCCUGCACCUAAUAAGAUCAUUGUUUUUGAUCGAGAAACUGAUCAAGUAAGGGAGCUUCCUAUGCUGCAGGACAGAAGUCGCCACAUACUUGGUUUGGGGGUUUUGGACGACUGCUUCUGUAUGUCUUGUUGGGACAUUAACCAAGUAGAAGUGAUUGCAAUAAAAGAAUAUGGUAAUGAAGAAUCUUGGACUCCUUUGUUUGAGAUAUCAAUUCUGAAAUUCUAUAGCAUCUCUUAUGGCACAAAGUUGACACCAUUGAUGCUCAUGGAAAAUGGUGAAGUCAUGAUGCUACGGGAUGAUGAAACUAUUUUUAGUUAUAACCCUCAAACGAUGGAAUACAAUUAUGAGUACCCCAAAGUGCUUGGCAGAUGUCCUCAUAUAUUCAUCGAAAGUUUAAAUAACCCUCAUGCCUAG